AUGGCGGAGGCCUGGCAGUCCUGCAUGGCUCAGGAGGAAGAGAACGCGGGUGGGCACUGGGUGGAAAGGAGGCCUUCCUUAUGCCUAGGGAGGAGCUGCGGUCCUGCAAGAACAGAACACAAAAGGGGGGUGAAAAUCCAGUCCUGCUGCUCUUCAGGGGAGGGGGCAUCACCUUUCCACUCGCAUCCUGAAUUGCCAUUCGUCCUCAUGGCCCUGUUACCCCCAAGCCCUCCCCAAUGCUUCAAGGACAUUGAAUAUCACGCGCCUCUCUCUCCUUUCCUCUCCCGCCCCGGGGUCCCCUCCUCUAGAGGCUGGGAUUCUGGUCUCCCUGAUCAGUUUUGA